UCGGCUGUCGCGUGCAUAUGACGUACCCGUGACGACCCGUUUCGUUUCUUUAGCUAGCGCUACGCACGACGAUUUUUUAGUUUUUGCAAAAUUGUUGGCUUUGUUUGUUUUUAUUGAUCUCUUCGGCUCAGUUCGGUUAGCGGUUGCUUUUUGUGCGUGUUUUUGUUCUCUCCCUUCGCGGGGGAACAAAGAGUCCUGUUAAUGAUGGAUGGUGUUGAAUAGCUGUGUGAGGUGGUGGCCUUCAUCAUCAUCAUCAUCAUCAUCACCUGUUGAGUCCUCGCUGUGUUCUCCUGAACCCGGUAGCAGAGAUGUAUAACGGGAUCGGACUGACCACGCCGCGUGGCAGUGGCACUAACGGCUACGUGCAGAGGAACCUGUCAUGCGUUCGGGCCAAGCGCAGCCGAGACGAUCACGGAGGACCGAAGGAUGAGAAGGACCGAGAGAGGCUGGAGAGUCAGCUGAACCGACAACCAAAUGCUGAUAUCCUGGAGCACCAGAGGAAGAGACAGCUGGAGGUCAAAUGUGCUGAACUGCAGGACAUGAUGGAAGAGCAGGGGUACUCCGUUGAGGAGAUUGAGGAGAAGGUGAGCAGUUUCCGUAUGAUGCUGCAGGAGAAACAGGAACCUCCUCUGCCUGCUGCUGAGAAACCAAGUGUGACUGAGACGCACGCUCUCGCCGCCGCCAACCAGCAGAAGAACGACCGACUCAGGGAGGCGUUCGGCAUCAGCUCGGACUACGUGGAUGGCUCGUCCUUCCACCCCGAACGUAAAGAGAGAGAGAAGAGAGAGCAGGAGAGGCUGGAGAGAGAGAGACAGCAGGAGCAGCAGCAGAAGAGAUAUCAGAUUAUUGAAGACUCUGACGAGUCGGAUUCUUCAUCCACUCGAAAACAGAGCCGUAAGAAGAAAAGGAAGAAAGAAAAAAGUAGAGAGAGCUCUGAAAGUCCCUCUCCAUCACCUCCAAGAGAGAAGAAGAAAAACAAGACAAAGAAAAAGAAGAGGGAGCGUUCAGUGCAGAGUGACUACGGGAGUUCGUCUGACGACAAGCCCGAUAUUAAGAAGAAGAAAAGGAAGAGGAGCAGUGAAAACGGGACUCCGCCCCCUACAAAGAGCCGACGGCGGCGCAGCGGGUCGUCCAGCUCGCCUCACAGCAGGUCACCGGUCGUGUUAAAGGACAAACAGCACAACCCGCCUGCUGCUCGGGCAGAUGAGGGGAGGAAGGGCAGAUCUCCUGAGCGCAGGGGUCGCCACAGGGACAGUCCGGAGAAGAUGGAGAAGCCUUCGAGACAUUCCAGGUCCCCUGACCGAAACAGGAAGGACCGGGAGAGGGAAAGGGAGCGAGAAAAGGAGUGCCUGAAGGAAAAGCCCCAAAGGGGGGGGCGCCACGAGUCAUCGUCUCCAUCUCGGUCUCCACCUCCUAAACAGCAGCGAGACAGGGAGAAACCUCCUCAACGGAAAAGACAUGACUCGUCCUCUCCAUCACCGUCUCCGAAACGACAGAGGGACAGGAGGCAGAGGAGCGUCGAGAAAGAGGAUGAGAGGAGGAAGAGGGACAGCAAGCCCCGGAAAAGACGUGACUCCUCAUCAUUGUCUCCUUCGCCGCAAAGAGACAGAGCGCGGAGAGGACGCAGCGGCGAGAAGGAGAGGGCGUCCUCACCCACGCGUCCUUCAGGCAGGAGCAGAACGAGGGAUAAAGACACCGUCUCGCAGAGUCGAGUCAGAGAGAGUGAUAAACGGAGAGAGAGAGCCCGCUCCAGCGACUCACCUGUUUCACCUGCCCGCCACUCGCCACGCUCCGAUGGAAAGCAGAAAGAGGCGGAGAGAGCCAGGGAGAGGGAGGAGCAGAGACAGAAAGAGCUGGAGGAGCAGCGAAGAAAAGAGCGGGACAGAGAUGCUGAAAAGGGACGAGAGGAGGUGAAGAGAAAAGAGCGAGAGAGCACCAGUGAAAAGGGACGAGAGGAGUCGAGGAGAAACGAGCGAGAGAGCGACAGAGAAAGGGAACGGAAAGAGCGAGAAAAGGACAAGAGACGCUCUGAAGAGAGACGCUCUGGGAAAGUCAGCGAGACAGGAGACAAGCGGGCAGACCGAGAGAAAGCCACGACGGAGAGACGGGACGAGAAGGUGAAGGAGGACGAGAGGCCGGGAAGAACUCGAGAGAAGAGUCCCGUGGAGAGAGGGAGAGAAAAGACACAGAGCAAGGAGAAGGAGAAAAAGAAAUCCAGAGGUUCGAGCAGCAGCAGCGACAGCAGCAGCAGCAGCAGCAGUGACAGCGACAGCAGCAGCAGUGACAGCGACUCCGACAGUUCAUCAUCAUCAUCCUCCUCUUCCUCCUCGUCUUCAUCAUCAUCCUCCGACGAUGAAAAGAAGGAGAAAAGUAAAGAGGUGCCUCACACCAUCAUCGCACAGGCCGUGGCUCGGAGAGUGCAGGAGGAGAAGGGAGGGGGAGAGAGAGACAGAUACACGCCCACAGAGAGGGAGAGUGCCACCUCUGUGUCUGCACAGGCUCCGCCCACCAGAAAGGACAGCAGGGACAGGAGAUCUCCAUCUCCUCAGAAGGAACAACAGAGAGAGAGAGAUCGAGGAAAAGAGAGGUACACUCCCACUGAGACCUCGAGCCCUCCUCCGUCUCCUCCAGCACGAAGGAGGUACAGUCCGGAGGAGGACACGAGAACCCACAGCAAAGAUCUGGAGAGGCCUAGGGAGCGAGGGAGCGACCGGUACACGCCCUCGGAUCUCGAGCGCCAAGACAAGAACAGGGCGAGCGAGAGAAAGCGGGCGUCUCCACCCAGAGGGCGGGAGGAGGAGAGACAGAACAAACGGGCCCCAUCACCAUCACGUUCUCCAUCACGAUCUCCAGCACGACAACGCGCAAAUCCCCCACGCUCGCCGAGCCCAAAACGAGGAGUCAGGAGAGCGACUCCGCCCUCGCGCCGAGACCAAGCACGGGACAGAGACCGAGACAGAGAGAGGGAUAGAGAUCGAGGGAGGCCAGGAGAGAGAGAGAGGGCACGCUCACGAGAGAGGAGGACGAGAAGCAGCAGAUCACGAAGCCCGCGCAGACGCUCCCCUCCGUACAGGUCCCGUCGUUCUCCUUCUCCUGUGUACCGCCACAGAAGCAGUCGCUCUCUGUCUCGAGAGAGGGAGAGACAUCGCGAGCAAGAGAGGGCGCGGGAGAAGGAGCGAGAGCGUGAGCGUGAAAGAGAGAGGGAAAAGAAGGCAAGAUCACCUCCUCGUCGCUCUCCGUCGUCUUCAUCCACGUCCUCAUCCUCCUCGAGUUCGUCCUCUUCGUCCUCGCCCUCUCCUCAGAGGAAACCUGAUCCCCAGAAGGACAGGAAGUCUGAAAAAAGGCUCUGCUCUCGUUCCUCCUCACCGCCUCCUGCUCGGGAUUCUCCGAAACGCUCCAGGCAACCGCCUCCGCGCUCCAGGUCUCCUCCCAGCAACCAAUCAGAUACGAGAAAGACCUCAAGGGGUCGAUCGAGGAGCCAAUCACCGAGGGAGCGAUGCGCGACUCGGAGCCAAGAGCAGCCAAUCAGAGGAGAGAACGUGCUGAACGGGAGAGCAGAGAAGGAGGUUGUGAAGCAACAGAAGAGCGACAGCAAGAGCAGCUCAAGCUCUUCAUCAUCCGCAUCAUCGUCGUCUUCAUCCUCAUCCUCUGAUAGCUCGGACUCUGAGACGGAGAAAAGGCGAGGGAAAGCGGCAGCGAGUCGACGCUCGUCCUCAUCAGAGAGUGAGGAAGUGAAGAAGAAAAGUCCCCCUCCUCGUCGGCCGAGAGAGCCUGCAGACUCGCUGAGAGACUCCAGAUCACUCAGCUACUCUCCUCCUGCACGUCUGCGCAGAGCUGCACGCUCUCCUCCCACUCGCAGGAGAUCAAGGAGCAGAUCAAGCAGCAGUAGGAGGAGAAAAUAGUUAAUUGAGCUGUACAUCACUGACGUGUUCUUCGUAUAUUUCUUUCCCCGACAUUUCUAUUGUAUAAUUGGAGUAUUAAAAAAAAAAAACACGGCAGAAACUUGUUUGUAAAUAACGAUCCACACCCGAGUUCUGAACUGGAGCGAGGAAUCAUCUCAGAGUUUCUGCACCCACUCUCACACCCAGGGAUGCUUUUGGUUUAUUUUUUACUUUCAUGAUGAUGUGUGAGAGAGAAGCUGAGCUGCAGAUACAUCACAUGUUCCUCUGUGCCAACACCAACUUAAAUAAAUACACCUGUGUGUGCAUCUCUCUCUCUCUCUCUCUCUCUCUCUCUGUGCCCUGCUGCAUUGUUCGGAAUGUAGAUAAGUCACUAUGGUUAGAACUGUCAGAGUGGACCGUGUCUUGCUUACAUGCCCUUUUUCUUUCACUUUGUGGGGAAAAAUCAAGGACUAAUGAAUCAAUAAAAGGUUGUAUCUGUA